AUGUCUGUGGAUUUCAAGUUUUCCGACGUCGUUUCCGGCAAUUCCGGCAGUUGUUUCCGUCAAUCGAGGGUUGUUGGAAUGCUAGUAGCAUAUGUUCUAGCUCCCAAAUCUGAGCCAAGCUCCACUUCCGGUUCAUCGAGGAAGCAAAUUUAA